GCUUUUGUUGUUUCCAGUCUAUGUCUCAAGCAAAGCAAAGCGACUGAUACGGAACCAAAAGCAGCGUGGAUCCUCAUCCUCCCGUCCUCGUUGGCAAGCCAAAGCCUUUUUCUCUCUUCUUCUUGGCUCAAUCUUGACUCCGUAGUCCGUUUCCUUCUACUUCAUCGCCGUCGUAUACCGCCGGAGAUAUCAAUUAAAUCACAUAGACGCCCACAGCCACACAGCAACGUAGGAUCGUCGUUCUCAUUCAUCGCUCCCUGAAAAUUCACGGAGAUGGCGAUGACAGUUGAAGGUGAGCCACUUCUAAUUUUCAGUUGCAGUUACCUUCUUCAUCCAAUUGUAUUGUUCGUUUUUUGUUAAUUUAAACCUAGAAGAUGAUGAUGAUGUUAUUUAGAAGCCGUGUGGGUAACAGUCGCAAUCGAAUUUUGGGGCUAAUAUCCAACUUCAAAUUGAUAUCAGUUUUAACUUCUAUUUUUGAUCAAAGACGGAUCGACACAUCAAAGAUCAUCAAGAAGUACAACAAAUAGAUAUACGUAGGCGUAUAAUUUGUUAUUAAAUCCAAAAGUCAAUUUUCCUCUCUGGAAUGGAAGGCAUACAAGCUAGUUAUGCAUUACUCGUAAUGCUAUUGGGAGGUUGCUUAGGGUUAACUGAGUACAGAUUCUAAGAAGUUAGAGAACAUUAAAACAACUCUAUGCAAGCUUUACUGGAACUUCGUUUCUAUCUGGGUAUGCGAGAAGCCAAAUAAAGGGCACAUAAGACAUUAGACAUGGAUGGUUUGUACUUUGUAGUUGCAUUCAAUAUCUGGGAGUGGUGAAACACUUUCAGGUUUUCAAUUCCCAAAGUAUUUAAAUAGCUGUUUCAUUUAUGUUUCUUUUUCUCUCAACUUGUUCAUAGAGAAAGAAUAGUUCCAAUCUCGGAAAAAGUGCAUCAAAAACCAGUUAGUUUCCUGAUAGGUGUUUGUAGCCUUAUUCUCACAUACUUCUGACACUAUACAAAAAAGAUUAUCUUGUUGUUUAUACAUUACAUCUAUUAGUAUAUAUAUAAUGCAGCAAUUUGGUAUAUGAUGGACCUGAGUUAACUCAGUGUCAACUCGUGCAUACACCUGACUCGCUCACUAUGAGUACUAACCAACUUCUAGUCAUUGGAUGCUUAUACUUAAUCAAAUUAACUACAAUGAUCAUUACAAAAUGGGGAGAGAUUGGAUACUUGUAGAGAAUACUAGCUCUUUCAAGAAAAUUAUAUAAAAUGCUGGUCUUCAUUUUUCAAUCACUAUUGACUUUCCCAUUACUGCUUUUAGAAAUUUAUUUAAAUGUUGGAAGCUAACUUUUUUUUUUUUUUUUUUUUUUUGGUACUAUGUGAUAUGAAUACAAUAAAGUAACAAUGAAUAAGGAUGUGUUUAGCAGGAGUAAUGUAUGCCAUUUUCAACACAACAUAUCUGUAGUAUAUAUAAAAUAAGAAAAUACUUAUGGACACAAAUAUACAGCAUCCUCACAUAAAGCAAAUGGAUCUGAUAAAGUUGAUUUGCUUUAUCCUUUUUUUUAUAGAAAUUAAUCUCUUCAUUUCAGUCAUCUUUUACUAUGCCUGAUUUGACUUUUCUCCCUUUUUUUGCAUGUGUGCUAUUGCUCUCGUGGAUCAUUACCUAACUCUACAGUGCUUGCUGGACUUGCCCUUAUGUUUUCAUCUAGUUUCCUUCUACAAGUUCUGGCUUGUGCAAUAUACAGCAACUGGUGGCCAAUGUUAUCAGCACUUAUGUAUGUUUUGGUCCCUAUGCCAUGCAUGUUCUUUGGUGGCGGGUCCACUGAAUAUUUACUCACACGGGAUGGUGGCGGGUGGAUAGAUGCUGCAAAAUUCCUAACAGGGGCAUCAACAGUGGGGAGUUUAGCCAUCCCAAUAAUCCUAAGGCAUGCACAUCUGAUAAGCACUGGAGCAAUGUUGAUUGAAUUCAUGUCUUUUUUUAUAUUUGUGUGUACUGUUAUGUGCUUUCAUCGUGCAAGUCUUGAAGAUGAAUGGUGAUACACAAGUCAACACCUAUCAAGGUCAACAAAUUGCUAAAAAAAUUAAAAAUAUGUAAAUCUUGAAAAAAGUGUGGCUUAAUUUUGUUUCUACUUACAUUUGUGUUGAAAAUUGAAAUAACUAGUCUUUUAUUAUGUUGGGGCUUGGAGAAGUAAAAUGCUAUAAAAACAAAAGAGAAAACUACAAAAAUG